UUCUUGCACUAAAGGCUAAGUGGCCCGAUCGUAUCACACUGUUACGAGGCAAUCAUGAAAGCAGGCAGAUAACACAAGUGUAUGGAUUUUAUGGUAAGUCUUUAUCCAAACAAUUUGUGAGCGGGGGGCUAACGCGUAAUAAAGGCGUACGGUGUCUUUCCCUCGGGAAAUCUGCUUUGCAUGCAGCGCUGCCCGCGCCUUGCCUGGGCCUGGGUGGGAAGGGGCUCAGCAGAACCCAAACGUUACCGUUCGUUAACGUGAUCGUUGUGUGCGUGAAGUAGAACGUGGUUUAGUCCAGAUCUCGCCGUUCUUUUCCUCCAGUGCCUGGGUUUUCUGUGUGGUUUUUGGUGCCAUGUUCAAUGUUAGAGACACAGGAAGAGCACAUACUUACAGAGAACGUGCUUCGGCGUCUGGUAAUGAAAGGUUCUGCAGGAAGCCGCCAUGUUACUGUGAUUCCCCCUAAGUUUCAGUGUAACUAAAAAUCAGUGUCGCACGUAGGGGUUUGCUGUGGAAGCCAGUUAUUGUCAACGGUGAGCACCUGGGAAACGCCACGGGCAGGGAAUGAACAACAGAACAACUGUUUGAAAAACUGAGGGAGUGAAUUGUGUGGAAACUUCUUUGCUGUUGCGUGAGGCUUUGAUAAAACCUGAGGAAAUCCUGGAAAAUACCUAACCCCUGCCACAAAGAGUGAGGCCCGUAACGUGCUUGCUCUCGGAUAACGUGUCAACAAGAGCAAGUGCUGAUGUUCCCAGCUCGCUUCGGAAAUGCCCCCAGGUUUAUCACCACCUUCCUGUAGCUUUAUACAAAGUGACUCCCCUUUGUGGUCGGAGUAUCUCCCACCAGCCCUGCUCGGUUUGCGCUUUCUGCCUCAAUUCUGUAUAAAACUUGCUAAUUUAAGCGCCCGGCGGGUCUAGUCAAGGGUCAGUUCCCAUCGGUGGGAAGCAGCCAAAGCAUCGUCAGCCGCGCUGCGUGAGACCCUGUUUUCUCUGCGCCGCCCGGUGCGCUGCUCAGUGAGCGAUGACCGAGAGGCAGCCGGCGCCUUCCCGCGGGCGGCGGGACCGAGCGCUUCCCACCCACCUCUUGCGGUGCUCCCGAUAGGGGUUUUAUCGUACUCCUGACUUGUGAGUUCUGCUGUGUCUGCUUCUGAUCUUAUUGCCUGGAUUCCUUCCGAUCCGCUAAGAAGAAAAAAAUUCUCUAUUUAACAGAUGAGUGCCAAACUAAAUACGGAAAUGCGAACGCUUGGAGAUACUGUACCAAAGUCUUCGACAUGCUCACGAUAGCAGCUUUAAUAGAUGAGCAGAUUCUCUGUGUGCAUGGUGGCCUCUCUCCCGACAUCAAGACACUCGAUCAGAUUCGAACCAUUGAACGUAAUCAGGAGAUUCCUCACAAAGGCGCCUUCUGUGACCUCGUUUGGUCUGAUCCAGAAGACGUCGACACGUGGGCGAUCAGCCCGCGAGGCGCAGGCUGGCUCUUCGGCGCGAAGGUGACGAAUGAGUUUGUUCACAUCAACAACUUAAAGCUGAUCUGCAGAGCGCACCAGCUAGUUCACGAGGGCUAUAAGUUCAUGUUUGAUGAGAAAUUGGUGACGGUAUGGUCUGCUCCAAAUUACUGCUACCGCUGUGGAAAUAUCGCGUCAAUCAUGGUCUUUAAAGAUGUAAAUACAAGAGAACCAAAGUUAUUCCGCGCAGUUCCAGACUCAGAACGUGUAAUUCCUCCUAGGACAACCACACCGUAUUUCCUCUGAGGCCCCUCCCCGCCUGCUGCCUCCCUCUUCCCUUGCCCUGUCCCUUUACAAUAUACUUUUUACUGAGCACUUUGCUGCUGAAAUGCUGCCUCUUGCCUUUUUUAUUGUUAAGUUAUCUAAAUUUAUUGUGUAUUACUGUGUCUGUAGCAAGUCGGGUUUUAUUUUUCCCCUGCCCUAGAUUAAUUUGAGUAUUUGUAAUAUGUCCUUGAAAUUUAUACUACUGCAUGUAGUUCCUACCCGCUUCUGGGGUCAGAGGAAACGUUUUCCUUCUCAGACCCGCGCGAUUCCCGGGGAGCGGCUCCGUCCCCGUGCGUUCUUCAGCUUUUUCUUUGGUAAGUUUUAAGAAAUUUCAGCAGCAAAGUUACCCCCCGUGAGCAGGACGGGACCGUGAACGCCUCGUGCUGGGUUCGGGCCCCCUCGCGCCGUGUUUUGGGUGGGUGACGAUGAAGCGGUCGCGGGGCUGUUGGUGUUGUCCCCCCCCGUCC